AUGCUGCGGUCAUGGCGUUUUUGCACACCGUCCAAAGCGCCUAUUUGCUUGAUGCUGGUGUCUGCACUAGUGUCUCUGUACUGCAGUCAGCUACUGAAUGAGAUAUCAGUCCCCGGUUUGCCAGGGAAGCCGUCCAUUGUUGACUGGAAAUGGUUGCAACGCACCCGGGUUCGUCUGCAGGAAGCAUUGCGUGAAUCAAAGCAAGCAUGGCCGAUUCCACCCAAAUGGAAGCCAGUUGUGAACUUUGAUUCUUUUGUGGCAGUUCCAAAUGCCACCCUUCCGUUGACUGGGUAUGUGAACGAGUCGCUUACACGCGAGGCAAAGGACCUUUGGCUUUUUUGCGCAGGGCAAUGGGAGCAAUGUGCAUGCUACGGACAGAUACGUUGGGGCAGUGAGCAUCACUGGCAGAUAAUCCCUCCCCCGAGUGCUCAGACUGCAAAUCGGGUGAAAUGCAAGGUGGGCAAGGAAGCGGGCUUUCCUGAAAUGCUUGACAUGAAUCCCGGAGAUGAUACAAAGCAUUGCGAAUGUCAAGUCAACACGGCAAGCUCCUUUUUCUUAUACCUGAACUUCCUUGCAAUACCCAGAGAAGAGCGCAAGAAGAUAUCCGCUCUCGAAGCUUCAUCUUGCUGGAUCUUUAUGGCUGACAACAGCACGGGAGGCGUCCACCUAUGGCGUGGAAUGGAGGGAAUUUGCAAUCCAAACUGGACUGACAUCAGUGCCGGGCAAAAGCCGCUUCCUUACAAGAAGAUAACUGCAGCACUGAAGAGCUAUGUGAACCCAGUGUUUGCUGAUACCUACAAUCGCCUCUAUGACGUUGGCUGGCCGCGACGCGCUUUCGUGAGCUUCUUCACUGGCACGCUUGAAGGCUCCCAGACGCAGGCGGUGGAAUUGCUCAUUGAGGCGGUUCAUCGUUUUUCUGUGUACCCGAUUAUUCUUUUCCAUGCGGGCAUGGCCACGCCCAUGCAUUGGAGCCCGCGCGUGUAUCCGCGUCUGAUUUUAUUGAGUAUCUCAGAAUUGCCAAUGUCACUGGGCCACAGCACCACACUUUUGUUGGCUGCUGUGAUCAGUCGUGUUCAGACUGGAAUAUUGGUGCCGUUCAACGCUCUUGUUUUUCCAGGUGUUGAUCGGCUAUUUGCUGCGGCAGAGCGGGAGAUUACAGAGCAGUAUCCUUACCCAAUCAUGCCGGUUCAUUUUCUGAAUCGCCAGCCUGCAGAUGGAGGGUCAUUCUGGACGCACUUUUGCUCCAAAAGCCUGUGCCCACGGCAAACCAUGCGCUGGAGUCAGCUUGGGCUGUUCUGGACUGUUCACGCUUUGCCUUUCCUGGCACAGACCCUGCGCUCAGUUUUCCGCGAUGAGUCGUUUUCUGCCGAUGCCCCGUUCGAGCCCAUACGGAUCAAGCGUGUCCAGGACGUGGAGUCACUGAUCAAUAUAGCGCUGUGGAAAGUUGGUGCCUACAAGCAGUGGUGCAAGGUGGAUAUGCCGGACAUCUCUGAGGUUGAGGAAUGGCUUAAACUGCCUGGGAACAGUUCUGAAUGUGGUGAUCGAACAGUGUGUGCGGCUCUCAUGGGUGAUAAACGCUUUCAUCCAGCUGGCAUACCAAAGGUUUUUGCCUACUUGCGAUUCAGCUCAGAUGUCGCGCGUUCUCAGGCAGUUCUUUCUCAAAUCAUAGAGAGGCAUGAACGUGGAAGUCUGCCAUAUCCCAUUCUCUAUGGGUCCAAGUCCUAUCAGACGGGGGCGGACGCUUUGCAGGAUUGGCCAAAGAUCCGGUGUCUUCUGGGCAUCUAG